AUGACGGAUGAAGUCGAGCACGCACAGGCACUCAAUGUGGACGCCGAGCGGCCCAAGAAGCGCCAGAAGAUCGCACUAGCUUGCAACCUUUGUCGCGCACGCAAGGUCCGAUGCAAUGGCGAGCGACCUCACUGCGCAACAUGUGUGGCCCGGAAAGAGGCAUGUUCCUACGAUCCGGCACCAGAGAGACUUCCACAGAAAAGACAGAGCCUCGAAAACAACCCAGUACGGCCAAUGGUGUAUCCUGGUGUCCUGGACGAAACAUCACCGCCGCACGCUGUGGACUGGAACGGAAACGUGAUAACUCGACCCGCAUCACAAACAUCACCACAUGCUUCGUACCACGGUCCCAGUCCCGCUCAGGCAAGCACGGGUGGCACUUUGACACGCCUGGAGGCAGGAUCGUCGAGUACAGGAGGCUUUCUUCGAACCUUGCUCGGUCCUGAGGUUCAGAAUGGCGUUGACAGUGAUCCUACCAAGCGACAAACAAUCGCAAGGUCGCUGGCAGAUCUGGGCAGCAUCGAUGUUGCUAGUUAUACCAAAAUACGGAACGAGAACUUGCUUCUUCCGCCGCGACGAGAGAUCAAUCGAUUGCUACAGAUAUAUUGCACUACGCACUACCCGAUCUUCCCUCUACUAGACCUGGAAUCCUUCAACAAAGAUGUUGAUGCGGUCUGUCAGGGCACUGCGUUUCAUGCCAUGGACGAGCGCACAACGCUCUGCAUCCUGAACUUCAUUCUGGCGCUUUCGACUCAAAGCGAUCAGACUAUUGGUACAGCAGUCGAAGAUAACUCUGCUGAUGCUUACUUUGUGAGAGGACGGGAGUUACUUAACACCGAUAUGCUAGGAGGCUAUUCAUUUGCUCAGUUACAAUCUAUUCUGAUCUGCUCACAGUUUCUGCUGAGCACGGACAAGCCUCAACAAUGCUGGAUACUUGUUGGACUAGCUAUUCGUGUCGCUGAAAGCUUGGGCCUAGAUCGUCCGAUUACAGUUCAAGGACUGAAGGCCCCCCCAGAGCAGGCGCUGGCUCGUCGAGUAUGGCAUGCCUGCGUUGCUAUGGACAGGCUGGUGGCCAUGUGUCUCGGCCAAAGGCCAAGCCUGCACGAUCACGCGACAUCGUUUGUCUCACUAGAACCUCAAGAGAAUAUCGAAACCCAACCAAAUAGCGGCAGUAACAACAUCGCCGUAAGCCACUCGUUCUUCGCCGCAUCCAGCCGCCUUUUCGAUACUCUCUUCGAGAUACUCGUCCGAAUCUAUGUGCCUGAGGACCGAAAUCCCUCCGAGAAGCUAAUUAUCUCAUCUUCUUUCGCGGCGACUGUGGUUGACAUCGAGGAGAAGCUGGAUCUGUGGAUCAGGAGCCUUCCCAUUUCGCUGAACAUGCAUUCGUAUGACCAUCACGAGGCUUCGACGGCAGGAAAACGGCUGUCGCAGUUCCUGAGGCAGAGAUUCCUGCAGGUGCAGAUGAUGCUCUACCGUCCCGGGCUUGCAGCUUUGACCACUCAGGGAGGCACGGGCGUCACAAGGUCUCUACAAACUUCAGCUUUGCUCCAUGCGGCUAUAGCAUGUGUUUCGUGCGGCCAAGAGAUGAUCGGUCUCUGCAGGCAGCAGGCUUACAACAAACCAGGAGAGGAGCAUCUCCCACAGACACCGUGGUGGAUGAAUGUCCUCUAUGUCUACACGGCAGCGGUAGCGGUUGCUGCAGCUCUUCUCAAAAAGAGUCUAGAAGGACAAUUCGACACCGCAAGUCUAAUGCAAAGUAUGCAGGAGGCUAUAGAUCUGCUCAGGAGUUAUGCUCAGACACGACCUUCCGCGAAACGAUGCUUGGCCACCUUGACCUCGAUCCUGCAGCUUCGAUCGGCAGGCGAGCCUGUGCCCGACGCGGUGCUGAAUAAUGACCAAACGCCUCAGCAGUACCUCAAUGGGAUGGAUCUCAACACAGCUGACACUCGGAACGCUUAUCUGGGCGCAGACAUGAGCUGGACGCUCCCCGUGGACGCUGAGAAUGCAGCAUUCGAAUUCUUCUCGGAUCAAUGGUUGCUCCAACCUCAAUUAGAUUCCUUCAACUACCUGGGGAUCUAG